AUGGAAGAUUAGUAGAAAUGCCAUUAGGGUGUAGGUGACCCUUCCCUUCUAGGCCCCUAUCCCGAGUGCAUGUAACCAUGUGCGAGUAUGUCAAGAUUCAAAUUUGAGAGAUUAAUGCAAUUUGCUAAAGCUUAACCUAAGCCUGAUGCACCUAUUUCACCAAUUUAAUUGUUACUUUUUAAUAUUGAAGAAAAAAUAUAUCAUUAAAUAGUUAAUUAGAAGGAAAAAAUAUGA